GAGUGUGAGUUGUGCAGUCAGUUGUUGGCCGAUGAAAACAAUCGCAAUCGAGCGUGCAUUGCUCGAAUCGAGGCAGUCCGAGCAGCACAGCCUCCUUUGAAAAAUGUGACCGCGUUUGUAUUUCUUUUUUGAAAUAUCCAGUGACAGCUUUCGAUUUUUCCGCGUGUGGCUAUAUUUUUUUGUGUGGGUACUAAAUCGAUGGCAGUAACCUAGAUUUUUGGAGAUCGGGUUCUUUUUUAGUUUUUUUUUGUUUUGGACGCGGUGUGUUAAGAGCGCGAUACUAUCACCUUGACGUUCUUUGGAUAUUCACCGCUUAUGGGAUUAACGUGUUGAAUUUUAAAGAGACUGAAGACUCAUCCUUAAAAUGAUCCAGUACAGCACCGAACAACUGAUCACCACUAUCGCUCUUCCCACCAUAACCAUCUUACUUAUCUGGACCGUCGUAAUUUUCCAUAAGAAUCGUAAAAAGUGGGGCCCGUACGACAUCCCCAUCGUCUGCAUUCUAGUUCUCUCGAUUAUCAGAAAUCUCAGUAUACUCUGCUAUAUUCUAAUCAACACUUUAGCUGAUCCCAGCCUCUUUGUUCUAGAAUACUGCAGUGUGAUUGUCUGGGUCUUCAAUUCCAUUCACACCUUCCAAGCUAGUUCUUUAACUACGAUAGCCAUAGUCGGUCUGUUCUCCGUAAAAUUAUACAGAAAGAAUCAGAAUGUUAGGUUAUUCCUUACCCCCACUCAUAUAGUCUACCAUCUCUUUUGUUUGACCACGCUCUGCGCAUGCGUAGGGGUAGCAGCCAUAUUAGCUCAAACGGACAGAGAGACUCUGUUCAAAUCUCUGCCACACUCUUUAUUCGAAUGCAAGUUUAUGCCUUUUAACUUAGAUAUUAAAUUCAACAUCUUCAUCUUAGUAUUACACAUCUUCCUAUCUGUGAUAUCAUUUACCAGCUUUGUUAUAAUCUGCUACAACUUCUAUAAAUGUAAGGAUAUUAACUUUGAAUAUAUCAAAAAGUCCAAUUCAGAUCUAAGUGAUUUAAGCUUAGGGAACACCCUUAAUGAUGAUAACAAGAAUUACUACGAUACUUAUACCAUACAAAGGGGGCAAAAUGCUGAUGGCAAUAAUUUUUACCAGAACGAAUAUUGCGGAAAUAGGGAUAUUAACUGGAAUUCCGAUUUGUCCACCACAGUGAGUUCUACUAACUCUAAGAGACCAUGUUUGGAAAGAAGUCUUCGGGAAAGACAGGAGCUUGAACAAAAUAGGACUGGUUUGGAGACUAUCCAUCCAGUUCUGAUUGUCUGUUACCUCUUUUAUCAUUUGCCAAUAAUUGUGCUGUGCAUAUAUCCUAACCUGAUCUACCCAUGGCCUGUGUCGGGAAUAGCAUUAUGGUUAGGACUCAUACAAGAUGUGUUAAUUCCAGUUGGUUUAGGAAUUGUGGACUCUAGAUUCUGUAAAUGGGUAUCAAGUGUGUACCGAUGUUCUGGAUCUAAUGUUGAAGAUAAGUUACCUCACGUUGGACUUGUUGGCAAGUUUCGACCAUUUGGCAUCGCCAGUCAACCUCAGAGUUUGGAACUACCGAACACUGAACGAAGUGUACCUGUUUUUCAAGCUGUUGAACAUAGAUUCCCUAUCACCAAUGGCUCUCUGUAUACCAGCAUCGACGGAAGAUUACCAGUUAUCCAUAAUUACAGACGAAAUAAGGACACCAGAAGAUGUGCCAAACUUGAAAAACAUCAAGCCAAUGUAGCCUUCCAUACAUCUCUAUUAAGCCACCGUCACGAUCUAAUCGAACAUCCGCAAAAAUUUCCAUCGUGUAGCAACUGUGAAGCGGAUCUUUGUCCGAGCCAUUCCAAUCUGCACCAUCUCAGUACUAGCUACAUCAACAAACAGCUUAAUCAACUGAGCCAAUUUAAACCUGCUCAGCUGAAUCAGUCGCCGUUCAAGCAAACUCAGUUUGGUCAGAGCAAUCAAUUAACUGCAAUUCAGAACAGUCCUCUAUUUGGGCAGAAUCAUUUAAAUCUUUUGCAGCUGAAUUUAUUGGGUCAGAAACCGCAAUUAGAUAGGAUUAGUCAUAGCCACGAGUCUUUACAUACUGUUCCAGAGGUUGAAAACACACAAACAUUCUUUGGAGACGCCGAAAUGAAGAUAAAUAUGGGAUCUAGCAGUCAGGCAGUUAAGAGUUCUAGAAAUUUGAUUCGUUUGCAUAAAAUGAGACUGAGUAGGAGUGAAGAUAGUUUAAACGAUUUACAAAUUAAGGAAAUUGAUAAUAUGUUCCAACUUAGUUCGCCAAAAGACCAAAGAUCCGAACCAAAUCAACGAUCCCCAUCCAUCCGCCAAAAAUCAAUAAUCUCCCAAAUACAGGUCGAAGACAUUCCCAGAACUGAUAUCUAUAGUUCCGACGACGAAUACGUUACAGAUAUAAACGAUAACUUUGACUCCAUGAGUUCAAAGAGUUGUUAUUCUAUCACCACAGAAGCUAACUGCGACUUUGAUUUUUUUCAAAGCAAUCAUCAGAAACCGACCAAGGACCUGACGGUAAAAGAAGACGACGAAAAGGAGUAUUUUAUUAUAAAUAAUGUUAACAAUAGACCUGUUAUUACUUCGUACAAACCGGGUACUGAAAAGGAUAGUCCUAAAAGUGAUUUGAAGAAUUUUAGAAUAACGAGAUCAAAUUCAAAAAGAUCCUUAGAAAACUUCCAAGCAUACAUAGAGGUAGAAGAGAAUCUGAAAAAUAACAACAAAUUCAGCUUCCAACGAUCCAACUCGUACAUGACUCUAGAAGAUCGCUGCAAGAUUCGCUGCAACGAAAAGCAAUUUAGAAAUAGUUGUAAAGAAUCUGACUGCUCCCAAUUUCACGUCUAUCGACAAAAAGUCAAAUCCGAAGAAUAUCUUCCGAAUACGACAACUGUGUAUAUCCAAGACACUUCUGGUUGUUUUGAUAAGACUUGUAACGAGAAAUGCAGUGAUAAGUGUGUGCAUAGUAUACCAGAUCUUAAAAAAGUGUUUAUUUCUGAAUAUAUUUAAGUAUAAUUACCUGACAUUGUAUAUAAUAUAUUAAUUAUUUUUAAUAAA